CUAUUACUUAGCCAACUUUAUUAUUGCAAAAUGGGUAGAGUUAUUCGUAACCAAAGAAAAGGUGCUGGUUCAAUCUUCACCUCUCACACCAGAUUGAGAAAGGGUGCUGCCAAGUUGAGAACCUUGGACUAUGCUGAACGUCACGGUUACAUCCGUGGUGUCGUCAAGCAAAUCCUCCACGAUCCAGGUAGAGGUGCUCCAUUGGCCAAGGUUGUCUUCCGUGACCCAUACAAGUACAAGUUGAGAGAAGAGACCUUCAUCGCCAACGAAGGUGUCUACACUGGUCAAUUCAUCUACGCCGGUAAGAAGGCCUCCUUGAAUGUCGGUAACAUCUUGCCAUUGGGUGCUUGUCCAGAAGGUACCAUUGUCUCCAACGUCGAAGAAAAGGUUGGUGACAGAGGUGCUUUAGGUAGAACCUCCGGUAACUACGUUAUCAUCAUUGGACACAACCCAGAUGAAGGUAAGACCAGAGUCAAGUUGCCAUCCGGUGCCAAGAAGAUCAUCUCUUCCGACGCCAGAGGUGUCAUCGGUGUUGUUGCCGGUGGUGGUAGAAUUGACAAGCCAUUGUUGAAGGCCGGUAGAGCUUUCCACAAGUACAGAGUCAAGAGAAACUCUUGGCCAAAGACCAGAGGUGUUGCCAUGAACCCAGUUGAUCACCCUCAUGGUGGUGGUAACCAUCAACAUAUUGGUAAGGCUUCUACUAUCUCCAGAGGUGCUGUUGCCGGUCAAAAGGCUGGUUUGAUUGCUGCUAGAAGAACCGGUUUGUUGAGAGGUACUCAAAAGACCCAAGAUUAAAUCUUGCGGUAGUUUGAAAACUUCAUAAGAUCCACAACGCAAAAAGAGAACUACGAAACGCAGAAAUGGACGUCUCUAGUCACGAUAUCUCAUCUUACGUCUGUGUUACGGCUGCUUUCGUGGUUCUUUAUGUAAAACAUUGUUAGACUUCUAUUGGGGUUUAUAAUCUUUUGUGCAUUACUUAAUACAUAUUAUUGUAAUUUU